UGUUCUCGUUUCACAGUCUCAACCACCGAGCGUUCGAAGGAGUUCGUGGCCAUGGCGAUCGAUGCGCGCUUCCUCCUCGUCUCUGCUCUUUUCUUGAUGGUUUGCCUUCUCUGCUCCGCCAAGGAGACUGAGGUCUCCUAUUGCGACAAAGACAAUGACUAUGACGUCAAGGUUACUGGGUUGGAGAUUUCUCCAUUCCCUGUCAAGCGAGGCAGAGAGACUAGCUUCAGCAUCUCUGCCCAGACUGGCUUAAAUAUAACCAGUGGAAAAUUAUUGAUCGAUGUUGAGUACAUUGGAAUUCAUAUUCAACAGACUAAGGACCUCUGCAAGGAGACAUCAUGCCCAGUAUCAACUGGUGAUUUUGUGCUCACCCAUAAAGAGACAUUGCCCUUUUUAACUCCACCAGGAACAUACACUCUGGUGAUGACAAUGGUGGGAGAGGAUGGCAAAAAGUUGACAUGCAUCACCUUUGACUUCUAUAUCAGUUUCUGGGCCGCAGGUGUUGAGUUGCCUGAGCCCUUGGUAGCAUACUAGUAAAAUCUUUGGCCAGCGUUUGUUAUGUAUGAACAUUCCCAUGCCCAUUAUCUAGCAUGUCCAUUACAGCCCUAGUCUGCUUUUGUUUGAGAGGAUAUUAUCUUGUAUUCCUUUCCAUCCUAUAUGAUGAUGCUUAAAGCCGUAUAUCAUGUUAAAAUGUAUCAACUCCUGGUGAAGGAUCAGACCGUAUCUUAAAUACUAUAUAGCACGAACUACUUACAGUACAGGAACUCUUGUUUGAUA